AUGGAUAUGACAAAACCCAAUUCCACUGUGACUGAAUUUGUGUUCCUGGGGCUAUCAUCUCAGCCAAGGACACGGCUCAUUCUUUUUAUUAUGUUCCUGUUCUUUUAUUUACUAACGGUGGCUGGGAAUAUUAUUAUUAUCACUGUUAUCCAGAUAGAGCCUCGUCUUCAAACUCCCAUGUAUUUCUUCCUUACUAAUUUAUCCUUCCUGGAUAUCUGCUAUACUUCCACUAAUGUCCCACAAAUGCUGUACAAUUUGGUGGGGAAAAAAACCAUCCCAUUUUCCAGCUGUGCUACACAGAUGUAUUUCUCCCUCUCCUUUGGUAUGAUUGAGUGUGUUCUCCUGGGUGUCAUGGCUUAUGACAGGUAUGUAGCCAUUUGCCAUCCCCUCCAUUACACUGUUAUUAUGGACAGAAGCACCUGUGUGCAUUUGGCAGCUGUUUCUUGGGCCAGUAGCUUCCUCAGUUCUAUGGUUAUCAACGUCCUCACCUUGACUUUGCCUUACUGUGGACCCAAUGUCCUGAAUCACUUUUUUUGUGAGGUACCUUCUGUUCUGAGAUUGGCUUGCACAGAUACCUCAUUCACAGAGAUGGUCGUUUUUAUCUUCAGUAUCAUCAUUGUCUUCAUUCCUUUUCUUCUUAUUGUCAUUUCUUAUGCCCGAAUCCUUCUAUCAGUGCUCAGGAUGCGGUCUGCCUCAGGGAGGUAUAAAGCACUGUCCACCUGUGCUUCCCAUUUGACAGUGGUGGCCUUAUUCUAUGGAACUGCUAUCUUCAUGUACAUGAGACCUCAGUCAAAGUCCUCAAGGGCUGGGGGCAAGAUCAUUGCUGUGUUCUAUACUGUGAUCACUCCCAUGCUCAACCCCUUGAUCUAUAGCCUAAGGAACCAGGAUGUGAAAGGAGCAAUAAGGAGAGCCAUUACAAAACAGAGGACAUGA